UGAUGCCGAUCUGAACCUCCUCCAUCCGACGGCUCCUGUUGGCUCCAAGAAGCCCAGAAGGAUUAUAUUAUCUCUGCCGCUUGCGCAUUGCUGCCUUCACAGCCACCACUAGCCUUGUGUGUAUUUGGGAUUGGGAGAGAGAGGGUAAGAGAAGAGGUUAGCUGCAAUGGCGUCGUUGAACAUAUUCUUUACGCCGGCUGUGACCACCGGGAGAGUGUACGCCGCCACGGCGGCGAAGAGCUCCGGUGGAAGUGAGGAAAAGGGGCUGCUCGAUUGGAUUCUUGGGGGUUUGCAGAAGGAAGACCAGCUGCUGGAGACGGACCCGAUUCUGAAGAAGGUGGAGGAGAAGAAUGGCGGGCGGAAGAACUCGGUGGCCGUUCCGCCGAAGAAGAAGAACAACGGCGGCGGCUUUGGCAGCCUUUUCGCCAAGAAAUGAACGCUGGGGCGCCAUCUCUUUCACCCCUCUUCCUGCUAUCUGAUUGUUGCGUUAAGUUGUGUUAAAUCCUUUUUUUUUUUUUUUUUUAUGAUGAACCGCUACUGUUAUAAUUCUAUAAUUACAAUCCAAUUAAUCUGGAAUUCUCACCAGGUAAUUAAAAUUGAA